AUGUGGGAGUCGUGGGGAAUCCGCCCUGAGCAAAGACCAGAUUUCCCAGGGGUUAUUCAGCACAUCCUUGCACAUGCUCUGCACUUCACAGCAGCACAUGGCCAGCAGCUGUCCUGCAGGAUAUGUUUCUGGAUCAAAACAGUACUUCAAAAACUAGGCAAAGCAGAUGAAACAAAGGAUGAACAGUUUGAAGAAUACGUUCAAAAUUUCAAACGGCAAGAGGCAGAGGGUUCCAGGCUCCAGAGAGAGCUGAGAGGAUAUUUAGCAGCCAUUAAAGGGAUGCAAGAUGCCUCAAAAAAGCUUACCGAGUCUCUCCAUGAAGUGUAUGAGCCAGACUGGUAUGGACGAGAAGAUGUGAAAAUGAUUGGUGAGAAAUGUGAUGAACUUUGGGAAGACUUCCAUCAAAAACUUGUGGAUGGGUCGUUGUUGACUUUGGAUACAUAUCUAGGACAAUUUCCUGAUAUCAAAACACGUAUUGCAAAACGAAGCAGAAAGCUAGUGGACUACGACAGUGCAAGGCAUCAUCUAGAAGCCCUGCAGAGCUCCAAAAGAAAAGACGAAGGCAGGAUUACCAAGGCAGAAGAAGAGUUUCAGAAAGCACAGAAAGUGUUUGAAGAGUUUAACACUGAUUUGCAAGAAGAAUUGCCAUCUCUGUGGUCACGGCGAGUUGGCUUUUAUGUGAACACCUUCAAAAAUGUAUCCAGCCUUGAAGCCAAGUUUCACAAGGAAAUAGCUUUACUAUGUCACAAACUGUAUGAAGUGAUGACGAAGCUGGGAGAUCAGCAUGCAGACAAGGCCUUCACCAUUCAAGGGGCACCAAGUGAUUCAGGUCCACUCCGCAGCAAAACACCAUCACCACCAGAGGAGGUCUCUCCCCUUCCUAGCCCUACUGCUAGUCCCAAUCACAUGCUGGCACCAGCAUCUCCAGCACCAGCCCGGCCUAAGUCACCCACACAGCUGAGGAAAGGUCCUCCAGUUCCACCACUGCCUAAGCUCACACCCACAAAGGAGUUGCAACAGGAGAACAUCAUUAACCUCUUUGAUGACAACUUUGUCCCAGAAAUCAACGUGACAACUCCAUCACAGAACGAAAUUCCUGAAACUAAGAAAGAGGAAUCUUUGCUAGAUCUGGACUUCGACCCUUUCAAGCCAGAGGUUGUAUCAACGGGAGUAACUCAUUCACCCAUGUCUCAGACAUUGCCAUGGGAUCUGUGGACGACAACAAGCGAAUUGGUGCAGCCGGCAUCCAGCACGGCAUUUAAUGGAUUUGCACAGGAUACAGCUGCAUUUACAGUGCAAUCAAAUGAGAAUGUGACAGAGACUCUGACUGAGGCUGAAGAAGCUCCACCUGGGGAACUCAAGGUCGAGGAAACCCCUACUGCUGCUGUUGUGGAAAAGGAGGCCAUCCCUGCUGAGUCAGAUGAGCCAACAGAGCAGGCUGCGGAGAGUAUCGAGGCAGGGGAUAAGGAGACAACUGGAAUUGCUGAGAAAGAGAGCGAGGUACAUAUGAAGAGCCUCAGGAAUAUGGUUUUGCUUUAGUAUCUUCAAGAGGAGUGUGGCAAAAAUAUAUAUAUGUCAUUUGCAUGUUAUCAAUAUGCAGGCAAUACAAUAUGACUGUGAGCCAGCUGUGGUACCAGAACAUUUCUCAUUCAAUGCAAGACCUAUCUUUGAAACUGACUGUUGCAGCAGUACGGACUGAUAAAUAUUUUGGGACAGAAAACAAUACAUGAAACUGAUCCCUGAAAAGAAAGUGGUAUAAUGCUGUUUCUAUUGGCAUUUGUGGUAAAGAGAGAAUAUGCUGCAUAGAUUCACAGUAGCUUUUACGUUUUCCUUGAAUUUGUUUGUCUAGCCUUCCUCUAAACAUCUUUAAAAAAAGAAAGGAAAUUUUGAUUCAUCAUUUGUUUUUCCUAGCACAGAUGAAAAUAAUCAUGCUACAAGUUCGUUUUCUAAAAUAAAAAUCUGGCAUUGAAUUAGGUAAACUACAAAGCAACUGAAAAACUCUGUGACAUACUUAAUUUCUCUUUAGGUGGGCAUGUUGAAAUCUAAGGAUGGUAUGGUUGUAUUUUGCUUAUAGAAAGCAAGACACUAUGAAUCCUUUUGUACAAGCUUGGGUUUGUUACACUGUUAGCCCUUCUGGAAUCUGGGAUAUGUCUAUGCUCUAUGGCUACCCAGGGUACCCUGUGUUGCAUGGAAGCAAGAUUUGCCAGCAGCUGUCCUUGCUGGGCAGCAUGGCUGAGCCAGGAUGAGGUCCCUCUACUAUGGGCUGCUUUCUUCCUGUGACCCGUAGCCCUGACUCACUGGUGCCAUAAUCCUCACCAGCCUGCUGUCUAGAAACCAGGGGAAUUAUACUAAAAAGAAUUUACGCGAAUGGGAGAGGUAGAUCAAAUCCAGUUUCUAUAGCUACUGGUGUUGAUGCGCUGCAAAUGUGAGUUGCACUGCUUCUCUAGCAUUGUCUUAUCACUACCAAGUCUGGGCCAAGAAACGCCUUGCUAUCCCCUGAGCAUAAAGGCUAAGCCUUUGAAAUGCACCUUUCCUCUGUUUUCCAAAGUACAUGCCCUUGUAAAGGUACUUUUAUCAGGUAAGUUUAACCUGUUUAGAGGAGCAGUAUUACUGAAUGCAGAAGAGAUGCUGUCAGGGAUCAAACUGUUUGCUAAGAUGAUAUCCUGGCUCCAGUGGGAUUGUCCUUCUGAUGCAACUUUCAUAACCAGUUCUUCAGUAUUACUCCAAAAGCCUUCCAAGACUUUGCAAGCAAUUGGUGUGCUCACUAAAGCAUGAUAAUUAGUUCUUGAUCUUAUAUUAGACGGCUUAGCUAUAAUUAUGACUAACUGUCAUAAAAAUUACCCAGUCCUUUUCUAAAUCAAGCCGUGGAGCAAGAUCUUCAGCUCUGGAAAAUGGGGAGAGCUCAGUGAGCUCCUCCCAGACUCCUAGCUGCAGACUCAUAGCUCUCCUCCUCUUCAUGGCCUCAUUCAUGUUGCUGCUGAAUCUGUGGCAUUGCACUGAGCUGACAGUGGUGUUAAUUAGAGGAUAAUCCAACCGUGUGGAUCAGCUGCACCUUGGGUAAAGAAGCAUUCACUUUUACUGCAACUAAAAGUCAUGUGGCUCUUUUAUCACAGCCUUCAUUAUAUUGGAUGGCCCUCGUUUUUUCUCCUGUGUGGCUGUGCAAAUUUCAGUAACACUUCUGUAGAUAGCUCUUAGUCUGUGUAAUGUUAUGGAAAACAGGUUUGUAGAAUUGGUUCUUCAAACGAAGACAGGAAAUACCUGAAAGUACGUGGCCCAUUAUAGCUAGGUGUGGGAUUCUUACUGUUCUGAUUUCAGUAGAAUUGAGCCUCCCUCUUUUUAGUUUAGUUUAGUUUUUUUCUUCUUCUUAAUCAAAGAUAUUUGAUACUAAUUGUGAGAUUCAUUCAGCACUAGCAAACACACUUUUGUAAAAGCCAUUUUUUAAUUAUCUAUCUUUCUUUGGUUUUGUAUUCUAAGACACGGGAAAUACACAGUUCUGCAUAUGUGAAUGUGCUAUACAUUCAGUGAGUUACAGCUACAGCUGUUGAGAGCAUCACUCUUUCAGUGCUGACUAUUUGAGAGCUGACUCAUGUGAAUUAAAAUUCACCUCCACAGUAAAAGAAAAUUGGCUAUACAAAUCCAAUAAAUAGAAAGUAAAUGUUGGUCCUAAUCACAACAGACAGCAAGAUCAAUUUCUGCAGCAUGCUGUUAGAAGCACAUGUUAUAAAAUCAAUCUGCUAUGCAUUCUGUUCCCCUUCUUUCAUGCUGGUCUCUUCCAAGGCUUUUACAUCCACCAUUUAUUUGAAUACUCACCUGGGUCAAGACUGCUAACUUGGUAAUAUUCUGUGAGACAGGCUUGCAUGCCUUCCAAGUCACAGGAGAAGAUGUCAACAUUCAUCCACGUCUUUUGAUAUUACUUCUGCUUGUGACAGAGCAUCCUUCCCUAGCAGAAUUUCCAGCUCAAGCUUAAACUUCUCCAGUGAUUUCUGCAAAACACUAGAGUAUUUUCUGCUUUCAAGGACUGCAGAAGAAUUGAUUUAUCACAUCAGUUAAUAUCAGUCACUAGGGGUAGGUACAGCUAAAAACAAUGACUGAUGAAUGAUCAUGAACAAAUGCAGGUAGUUCAAGUUGAGCUCAGAUGGCUGAAUUAGUCUCAUUCAUGGGUGGAAAAUCAAACUGAGAAAACAGAGCAUCAGGCUGCUAACUGAAUUUCUGCUAAACUUAGCUUGACAUUGGUACCUAGAAAAUAGCUUCUCUUUAGUGUUAAAAACUUUCCGAAGUCGAUUGAACUGACAGAAUGUGGUGUUUCAUUUACCUUCACCAUCAAGCCUUAAGAUGAAUCUACAGUCAACUUAAUUCAAGUAUAUUACUGUAAGCAAAUACCAGUAUGUACCGACACAGAUGUUAGGGUGAUUGAUAAAUUCUCUCUGCUGGAGGAAGGAUUUAACAACAGCCUGUAGAAAGGUACUUUUCUGUCCACCUUUCAUGACUGAAAUAAAAUGCACGCUAACUUUUCAACACAGAGUAACGACAAAUGAAAAACACAUGAGCCUUGAGAAAUUUUUCCUACACUAGCAAUAGCCAUCUGAAACUCUACUGCAUGUUCACAGGAAGGUUUUGUAAAUGUCCCUCUCGUGCCU